UCAUUUCACAAGUUCAGGAUAUGUCUUCAUCCUAAGGAAGAACAAAAAAAUAUAUAUCUAUAUAUAUAUCUAUAUAUAACCUGACUAAGGAAGCUUAAAUCUCACACCUUUCAUGCUGUAAUAUUUGAAUUUUCACCAUCCCAAGAUCAAGAAACAAGCUUUCCAUCAGCAAGACCUAUCGCACAUCUGUUUUAUUCCAGAUCUUAUCUUUAGGGGGAUAACAUGAAGUUCCAGCUGUGGAUAUCGACAGCAAUACUUCUGGUUGUUCUGCCUUGCUAUGAGUGCAGAGCUUUUAGCAAAUCUUCAGUAUCUUCUGCUGGAGUCCCCCCACCUCUCUUACCUGAGUACCAGCCCUUUUUGCUUCGUAUGGGAGAAGAGUAUUUCUUACGCCUGGGUAAUCUCCACAAGUACUCCCCAAACUUGCUUGGAGCUUCUGCUGGUAACUUUCUAAGGGAUGUGCAACAUCUUCAGCUUCAGCCUCAGCAGUGGAACAGUCAGCAGGGACUUAGAUCUUUGGAUGAAGCAGAGAUUCCAUACAACACUCAGGAGGAACCCACAGAGAGAGGGAAACGUUCUGAGGAACCCCCAAUUUCAUUGGAUCUGACUUUCCAUCUGCUCAGGGAAGUCUUAGAAAUGGCAAGAGCUGAACAGAUAGCCCAGCAAGCCCACAGCAAUAGGAAACUGAUGGACAUAAUCGGGAAAUAAUAUAUAUACAUAUAUACUCUUAUGCCAAAGAGUUUACUGCAUUUAGCACAAACUAUACAGUAUGAUGUACCAUAGUGCUGCCCUGAUACCAUUUGUUUAUUUUUCUAUAGCUUCAGACAUAGAGGAUACACACUUUAACCCCUUGGCUGCCUGCAGGGGAGGGGAGGGAACACAAAUGUUUUGCUCAACAAUAUGUAUCUAACCUCCCUGGCAACAAGGGGUAACAGCCUAUAUUCGUUUGUCAGCAUGCUCGGGGUGUAUUCGACUGCAGCUUUAAAAAAAAAAGAAAAAAAUAAAUAAAAGCAACAGGCAUAACAUGUUUUAUUUUUAUUUUAUACU